UCUUGAAGAACCCAACAGCAACUGCUGAAAGCUAAAUUUAAAAUCCCUGAUUCUUUGGGUGUAAUCAAGCUCACACCCAAUCAGGCUGUUUCUAUGGUUCCAACUUUUCAAAAAAAUAAACGCAAGGCUUCACAAGUUGUUCAUUUUUUCAUAGUUUGCCACCUGUCUCCAAAUCUCUCUUUCUAAAAGAAACCAGGACAAAACACAACUCUUAAAGCCAUAAUAUCAUCUCAGGAUUCCUCAAAUAUGGAAAGACCGUUAAUCAUUUCCUUUCCUAGAAGUAUAUCCACUCUUAAUAUUGAUCUCAUAGGGUCUUGAUGCUUCACUAGUCGGGAGGGACAGUGCUCGAGGAAAGGAAAUUAAUAUUGCAACCUCACAAGGGUGCAGUUGCUCGGAGGCAGAGAAUAAAAAGGUUGUCUUCUGAAACAUGGCUGAAAGAAGAUUUCAAGAGUUUUGUGACCAAGCAUACGAGCAGACCUGCCAACAGAAGUGUAAACUGGCAUAUAGCUGCAAGGAAGGGCUGGGUGUAGCCAGCCAUACUGAUGGUUCUACUGCAUCAGUUGAAGCUGUUAGACUUCAGGAAUUACUGUACAGAAUCUUAUGUCUCAUACGGCUGAAGAAUUACAAAGAGGCCGAAGAAGAUUGCAAAAAUAUUUUAUGCUUCCAUGAAAUUCUGGGGGAAAACCUGUUAAGAGAUGUGUUGGCAUCAAUGGUUCUAGAGGGAAAACUGAAGGAUGUUUAUGAUGCUUUGUGCGAUUGUAAGACUACGGACUGUAUGAAUGGAGCCUCCUUAAACCAUCUGAGACGGUUACUUCACUUGCUGACGGAGUUGCAGCAGGCAGCAACUAAUGAUGCUCUCUUUUCAUCAGAGCAAGAUGCCAAAGAAAAUGAUUGUCGAUGGAAGUUCCGUCCACCCCCACGAGGAAUUAUUGGAAUUGAUGAGUAUUCCUUGUGUUGCCAAUAUUUGGAAUGUGGAGCAUGCCAUUUUGAAGAUUUCUGUAUGUUUGCUCAUUCUGACUCUGAGUUGCUAGAAUGGAGAGAGCGGCAUGCUUACAGACAACUUCAGUAUCAGCAACAGAGGGAGCAACAUCACCAUGGUGGCAAUUAUAGUGAAACAUUGAUCGAGAAAUGGAUUAACAGUCCAAGUCCAGACAGAGUGGUGAGUGGGGCUGUUGAAGGUGUGAGAGUGGAAUGUGCUCAGGAGUUGAAUCAGGUCUCUGACAGCCGAAAGUAUGACUUUUCGUGGACAUUUGCUUUUACUUGUGAUCCUCCACGGUUACUCAACCAUGUUGCAUUUCUGACUAAUGCCUACACACCAUGCUUUCAUAUUGCUUCCAUUGCUGCUGGUGACUCUGACAGUCUCCACCCAUAUUCCAUAUUGAAUAAAUGCCAAGAGUGGAGUCAACACUUGAGUGGUCAGAACAGGAUUGAGGAACGUGUUUAUGAAAUUGUCGUCAAAUUUUCUGCAGAAGUCUUUGGAAAUUUUCAGCAAACUAUAUUUUUUGACUUUGGAUCUGAGCCAGUUUUGAUGCAGACAGUUACAGUGUCCACACUGUCAGAUCAAGGUACAGAAGCAUUGCUACAGCAUCAGCAGCAAUCCCUUACAACAUCACAGCGUUGGGAUUCAACGUGCAAGCAAGUGGUUGAUUUUCGACCUCAAGAGCAGACUGAUCUUGAUCUGACACUAUUGGUGACCUAUCAAAUUCCUGCUGCUGCUGACCAGUUGUUCACCCGGUCAGUUUUGGACAAAGCAUUGAACAGACACAACUAUCAUUCUCGCUUUCACGAUCUUCUUUACAUUGAGGAAAAUGCACAAAAUAAAGAGAUAAGCAAGUUUAAUGUAAAAGCAAAUUUGCAUAUAACAACAUCCUAUGCGGUUCCUGGCAAUCAUGGUGCUGCUCGGCACGUUCAGAAUGGUCAACUACUUGCUUGUGUUUUGUUGAAUGAUACUGUGAUAACCAAAGACACUGCUGCGGGAAGACUGGUAAUGGAAAAGGUCACUAGCGUUCUGCUGAUACCACUCAGCAAAAAGAAGGGUCUCGGAGUGAAUCAGGGAAAUAAAGAAAAAGUGUAUGAAGCGCUUGUGGAAGAUCGGUCCAGGGAGUGUAUGUUGCUGAGACUCUCCAAAGAGUGCUGUGAAGAUCUGAAACUUCGACCAGAAAGAGACAUAGAGGUGGAGCUUCAGUUUCAGUUGAACCGCUUGUCUCUCUGUGAGAUGCACCUAGCUUUGGAUAAUCUGAAAGAUUGCAGCCUGGUAUCCCCAGACGUUUCUUCUCUUCUAACUCUUGAUUUGCCAGAUAGGGACUGGGAGAAGCAGCUGGACCCAAGGCUAAACUCCAAACAGAGGAAAGCAGUUGGUGUUAUUACAGCUCCCAUAUUGUUCAGUCUACCACCGAUUCUUCUGACUGGGCCGUGUGGCACUGGGAAAACGUUCACUUUGGCAAAUGUAGUCAAACAAUUGGUGAAAGACCCUGACAAAAGUCUCAGGAUUCUGUUCUGUACUCAUUCUGAUACUGCAGCAGACAGUUUCAUAAAGGACUACCUCGUUCCUAUGUUUGAAAAUGAUGCCAGUAAUCUUACUCUUCUCAGAAUCUGUCACAAAACCAAAUAUGUGAAAACUGUGCAUCCCGCAGUACAGCGCUAUUGUCUACUUGCUCGGAACCAGUCUACAUUCCUGCUGCCAAGGAAAGAGGACAUACUCAAGUGUCAGGUGGUUGUGGCAACUGUGAGUUCAUCAAAAUACCUCUGUUGUGCUGACCUCCAACAUGGUUUUCCACCAGAAUGUGAUAGGUUUGGCAGUGAAGUUGAUGGAGGUUUACUUGAAGUUGGAGGGAGAGGGUGAGGUGACUGAUGUUGACAUGGC